AUGGACAAGAGGGGUACGGAUAUGAUGGAUGAAUUGUUGAGGCAGUGUUCGCACGGGAUCGUUGAACUUACAAAAUUGAAGGAUCUAACCAUAAGCAAUCCACGGAAUGCCUUUCAAAUUGAACGCAUCGAUAACAAGGGAGAUACAAUGCCGCCAGUUGGAAUGGCUUCUCAGCAGCCAGAAAUGUCAACGCUCGUGCACCCACAAGAAAUGCAAAGAAAAGCCUUGCAAAGCUUCGAGGAUUUGUGCGCGGUCAGCCAUCCAAUUCAGCAGUUCCUCGAAGAAAUACAUCCAAAUCGAAAAGACAAGCAGGAGCCCUUCAAGCCUUGGCCCGUUCAAUCUUAUGUUUACCCGUUUCUAAAAGAGCGCCAGCACGUACUUGUGAGAUCGCCGACGGGCAGUGGAAAGACGAUCGCGUUUCUGGCGCCGAUUUUGGAUGCCAUUUUGGUAGAGGGACGUGAUCGUGUGAAAAAACCGAGGGCCCUCAUCAUUGCCGACACAAAAGAUCUCUUGGUGCAACAUUACCAGAACGCUUUAAAGAUCAACGAAUUUCUCGAUGCCGGCAAUCAAAACAUCACCAUCGGUUGCCAUAUUGGAGGCGUGCAUCUAGCGCGGCUUCCUCGAUACGAAUACUUAAAAUCUUUCCAAUCGGAUAUCCUCUUCAUGUCACCUGGAAAAAUGAUGGAAGCCUUGCAGAAGAAAAUGUUGGAUCUCUCCCACUUGAUGUACAUUGUUUUCGACGAAGCUGACGAGAUGUUCCAUUGCGGUAAAUUCCUGAUUGAGUUGAGGGAGUUUCAAAAGGCUUUACAAGAGUGCCGGGAAACUGUGCCCACAUUUGCACCAACCUUCUCGAUGUUCUCAGCAACGCUUGUCUUUAAAUCGCCAGAAGUCGAGCGAGGCUUAGAAGUGUUCUUUGGCGUUGAAUGGCCCCAAAUUGUAGAAAAGAUUGGUUAUGUUGUCGUACAAUUUCCGACAUUGAUUCAGCAAAAUGUGAUUCAAGUUGACGAUUUUCCGCAGAAGCUGCUAGUUUUGGAACAACUGUUGGACCGAGACUUGUAUCGAAUGGGAAGAUCACGUGAAGACACAGAUAAAGCAUCAAAAACCUACAGCAACACAACGCUCGUCUUUUGCGACACGCGAAAGCAAGUCUACAAUUUGGCAGCAUGGUUGACUCAAAAGGGAUUCUACCUCAAAAUUCACACUGGACGAAUGCCUGAAGACAUCAAGAGGAAGAACAUGAGAAUGAUCACUGAUCGCCGAUUACCGUUGUUGAUCUCGUCAAAUGUCAUGGCCAGGGGAUUGGACAAGCCGAGCAUCAACCAUGUGAUCAUGUUUGAAUUGCCAACCCAAAAUUGGUCAACCUACUCACAUCGAGUUGGUCGAACUGGACGGUGUGGAGAGGAAGGUAAUUGCACUGUGCUUCUCAACAAGAACGGUGGAAAGGAACUUCAACAGGCACCACAAUUGUUACGAACACUGAUGGUAUAUCGUCAAAAGAUUCCGAAGUGGUUGUUUGAGAGAUUCGGACAUGUUGCUCUACAAGGAAUUGACCACUAUAUUGCACCUCAAUCUCAGAAACUUGCCGAAAAUCUUGUCAUGCAAAUGAACGAUCCCCAAGCAAAUUUUAAUGAGUCUCUCAUCUCAUCGGACACAUCUUUGGUGUUUUCGUCAACGGAUGAAACUCAACAUAGUCAAUCGGCGCACCCAUACUUCGGAGAACAACAAGAAAUGGAGGCUGCUGAGAUUAUCAGGCGACAAGAAGUCUAUGUUGAAAGUCAUCGAUCGAUGCACCCAAAUCCCGGAGAACAGCGUGCAAUGGUGGAUGUCGAGGUUGGCAGGAGACUUGCAGCCUUGGCUGGAAGCCGCCCAACGCUUUGUGAUGGUUUGGACAGCGACGACGAUGAUGCUCCUGAUCGGUAUGAAGACGAUGAGAGCUCAAACGAU